CAAGUGUUCCUAACCUGGUCAGCAAGGAGAAAAUACACCUCCAGUGGGGACUGGGUAUUACAAGCAGUGGAUUUUCUUUCAGAGCACAUAAAUCCAAAAAGCACAGAGUGCAGCUGUUGCAGUCCAAGCUGCAGGGCUCAGCUGCUCACAGGGGGCUUUUCUUCUCUUUCAGGGUUUGGUCCCUUUGGAGAGCACGCCGUCAACGCCAGCUGGAUUGCAGUGCAGGAGCUGGAGAAGCUCGGGCUGCGAGAUGGCGUCGACCUGCAUGUCUAUGAAGUCCCAGUGGAAUAUCAGACAGUGCAGAGGCUCAUCCCUGCGUUGUGGAAAAAGCACAGUCCACAAUUGGUGGUGCAUGUAGGUGUGUCGGGUAUGGCUACCACUGUCACUCUGGAGAAGUGUGGCCAUAAUGUGGGUUAUAAGGGCUUAGACAACUGCCGUUUCUGCCCAGGCUCUCAGUGCUGCGUCGAAGGCGGCCCAGAGUGCAUCGAUUCCAUCAUUGACAUGGACGUGGUUUGCAGGAGGGUCUCAGCACUGGGGCUGGACGUCACCGUCACCAUCUCUAAGGAUGCUGGCAGGUACCUGUGUGACUUCACUUACUACACUUCCUUAUACCAGAGCUGCGGGAGGUCGGCUUUUGUUCAUGUGCCUCCACUGGGAAAGCCGUACAGCGCCGAGCAGCUGGGCCGGGCACUGCAGGCCAUCAUCGAGGAAAUGCUCGACGUUUUGGAGCAUUCUGAAGACAAAAUCAAUUGUCAGCACGAACACUGAAAGCAGGCAGGAGCUGUCCUGCUAUUGCACUUCCUAAACUUCCCCCCUGCAGCUGAAGUAUGGGAGGAAUGCUCUGUGUGAGACGUACAGAACGAGAAUUGGAGACUUCAAAAAUGAAAACCCCACGUCCAGAAAUUGACUUUUUUUUUUUUCCUCUUUUUUUUUUUUGGUCAAACGUGCGUAUUUCAAUGAAGAAAUGGAGAUCCCUUCUCUAACACAACACCUGCAGCUGCUCAUUCCUGGAGCAUGCGUGCUGUGCUUUACCCAGAGCUCAUCUGUUGGCCAAGCGAUGGUCCCACCCCGCACAGAUGGGAAGUUCCUUGGCCAGGCUCAGUGUUUGGGUGCAGGGAAUCGAUAACCCCAUCUUCUAAUGACUGCUUGUUGGGUUGGAAGGUUUGCUUUCCUUCUGUCUCGUUUUCUUUCUCCUCGUUGGCCCAAAUCGUAGGUCCUAAUGUGAAAGCAUAACUGAAAUCAGUGGGGACGACGUGAGUUUGUUGUAAGAAAACAGCAAACCUGCUUGUUGGGGACGAGGAGCCUCAGAAACUGCUUUUGAAUUGAAAAAGGUUACGGUUGCUGCCUUCUCCAUUGGGGCCUGGCUGCUGCGGCUCCAGGUGGAAGGGCUGCGUGUUGGGUUGCAGAUCAGAUCACUUUUUGUACACGCAACGAUCUGAGCUCACACCAAAUCCUUCCAGACGUCCUCAGCGUUGGGUCAGGGCUGCCCUCCUGGCCCCGAGCUGCGUGCAGCACGUCCUCCCAUGUGUGCUCAGCACAUCGCUCGCUGCUGAGGAGCUCUGCUAAAGGCCACUUUCUCCACAGGAGAUCUUUAUCACGGUCUCUUGGUGCUGGCUGUUAUUUUUAAGGCGAAGGCUGAGUAAUUUAUAACUUCCUUCGCUGUGAACUUUUGUUCUCGUUAAAGGUUGGGUGCGGAGUGAUGUUUAACUUCAGUGCCCAUUGCUGGCGCUGCCGCGUGGCUGCCAGGGAGCUCUGCCAAAGGGCAUCUCGCAUCUCAGAGCUGCUCCCGGAGCCCACAGACAGCUGUUGGCUGUUCGUAUAUAAGAACACCUACAGAAUAAUCUCUGUGAAAGGUUUUAGAACAUCGUUCCUUCUGUUUUCCUGGCGACGAAUGGUUCUGCUGCAGUGAGAGCUGCUGGCCGUGAGGAUGGGCGUCGGAUCCCACAGCAGAGGCACUGGGUGCAGAGAAUCAUAGAAUGGUUUGGGUUGGAAGGGACCUCAAGGAUCAUGAAGCUCCAACCCCCUGCUGCAUGCGGGGCUGCCAGCCUCCAUAUUAAUACUAUGCCAGACCCCAUCCGACCCGGCCUUGGGUGCACGAGGGGAAUGCUUUCCUGCCCGACUUUGCCUUCCAAGUGAAUGCUCUCCUUGGCGCUGGGACACCACGCAGUGCCUGUCAGCUCAUGGCAGGCUUUCAGAUUUGUAAUUUAUUCUAUUUAAUAUUUAGUUGAAGUAUUCGUGGCUUGGGGCAGCUCCCAGAUAGUUGAGCUCUUAUCUCCACGUAGCUCCGCUGUGCUUGGGAGAAGCUGUUGGUCUGUCGUAGCUGCUGAGCUAUGAAGGGGGGAAGAUGCUGCGUUGGGUCUUUGUGGCAGAGCUCCUGUGCUGACAGUCCCUUAGAAACGUAAUUUAUUUUAUAAUCUUUUGGGUUUCUUUGUGAUUUUUUGGAUGAUUAGUCCUCAGAGGGCGUCAGGGCGGUAGCGGCGUUUCGGAUAGCGAAACCUUUUAAAGAUGGCGUUAAGCUGAGUUUGUUUAAUCUGACCUAAAUUAAACGCUUUUGCUUUGUUUUUAAAGCUUUUUGUUGUUGUUGUUGUUGUUAAAUGAAUUGAUUCCGAAUGCUUCUCUGUGGGUGAUCCCUGGGGGUCUCUGCAGCUCGGGGUGUUCUGUGGUUCAGAAGCCACGCGGGGCUGCUGAGUGUCUGCUGUAUCUCCCGGGUAUCAGCGAACAGGAUUUGCUGAUUUAUGCUGGUGGAGCCCCAUUGCUGGCUGCAGAUGUGUUCACAAAGGAGCGAGGGUCGUUCAGGUUUGGUGUUCGUGACGGUGCCUGCAGUUGGUGAUGUCGCAAGGCGGUGUUUCAGGAUCAGAAUCGUCUCUGGUGGUGCGCUGAGAAGUGGGGUGAGGGCAUUUUGUGUGGGAGAGAGAAUGAGGGGGGGGUUCCCAUGUGGGCUCUGGUGCCACAUAUUGAGGUGCUGGUGGAGUGGAGCGGGGCUGGCUGUGAUGCUGGGGGGUUUGUUGGUGUCAGGGUGAUGGUUUUGGUUAUUAAAUGCUGCGGGAGGCGUUGAGGGGCUCCGGGUACCCGAGAACUCCUUCAUUCCUGGGGGGCUGUGAUGCGGGGAGGUUUUGCCUUUGGGUUAAACGCGAUCAUCUGUGGUGUGAAACAGCAAAAAGGAAAUAAUCCCAUGAGCUUCAAAGCUCCUUUACCUGCAGGAUGCUCGGUGGCGCGGCUGAAGGCACAGCCCAAAGCUGCCGGCAUCUCUGUGUCACUGCUUUGUCAAAGCCCAGGGAUGGCAGAAGCAGUUCUCGCCGAUUUGGAGCUCUCCCCAACCCGACCGUGUCCGGAGCACAGCAGCAGUGGGGGGGGACAGAAGGUGGAGGGAUGGUGGGAGGUGUUCUGUGGUUGUGGUGUGGGGCUGAGGGUGAAGGCUGAGAGCUGUGAAAAGAGCUCAGAGCGGAUUCAAACUGAGCACCAUCUCCGUGUGGGAGCAGAGGGGGGUUUUGCAGGGCUGGGGAGGUGCUUUCCUUCACGUUUACUGACCUCAGCAGUGUGCUCAGGUGUAGCAUUUGGAGUCUCAGCACCACGCAGGCAGUGCUGAACCUUCCAGUGCCUCAGUCCUCCAGCACAGGGUGCUGUGCUGCUGCGUCCGUGUGUCCCGUGGCUCUGAAUUGGGCUGCUUGAGGUGGGUGCCGGUGGGCAGCAGGUGGCUCUUUGCAGCAGCAGCCCCAGUGCUUUGUGAUAUAAGUGCACUUACAGGUUGUGUUCGUGUCUGGUUGGUGUCUGACGUGGCCCCAGUGGUGUUCUGCCAAACCUCCAACAAAGCCGAGGAUGCUGUCGGUUCAUUGAGUGAGCAGAAACCCGAGAGCUGCUCUGUCCCAUCUAUCUUAAUGCAAAGUAGAGAAGCAAACUCCUAGAUAGGAAUUAAUGCUAGGGAAUGAAUCUGUGCGCUGCCCUUAAAUACAACUCCGUGCUACUUAACCACACGUUCAGGUUUUACAUUGCACCAGCUUCUUACAUUGCAAAUGUUUACUUUGAUGAACAGGGAGUGCCUUGUCCUGCGCUGGGCUCUGGGGAGCAGAGCGGAGUGUUGGGGGCUGAGGCCCCUCUGCAGGGGUUGGGGGCUCUGAGCUCCUUCACCCCUUGUGCUCUCCAGGAGCUGCACUGCAUUGGGCUCUGGGGGUUUCCUGGAACGCACUGGGAUGUGACAAAGGGAAAAGGGGGGGUUUCUCACUGCCUGGGGAGAGCAAACCCUUUGGGGUUCUGUCUGUUCCAAGGUGCUGCGUGUCCCAGUGCCGCUCUGCCCCCAUCCUCCUGUUGUGCCGACAUCACUGCGGUCUGAGUGGAGCUCUCUGGUGUUGCCCAUCUGUGCUCGUAGGACUCCUGGAGCUACAGCUUCAAUUCUGUGGGGGCUUCUGUUCUUCACAGUGUGUUCUUGCAGUGCCUUGUAACCCCUAACAGUCUGUGUGCCACAAAGGGCUGUGUCACGAAGGGCCGCUCGCAUUCCCUCUGCUCGCUGUUGCUCCACUGGACUUUGUAACCGAGAACUUAAACCCAUGUUUCAAAGUAAAUAAAGAGUUUAACUCUG